AUGUCUUUGUUCUUAAGAUGUUGUUUUUCAUUAGUCAGUCUACCUCGAUUUCAGGAGAAAAAGAUGACAGCAGUUGAGUCACAAUUGGAUAGUAUGAGUCUACGAGUCUUGGAACUGACCCAAGAUCUGGUCCAAGCCAAGGUUCAUAUGGAGACCUUGACCAAAGAAGGCUAUUUCUUGUUGGCAAAGGCCAGAUAUUCCAUGGGCGGAGCAGCCGUGAGUCGGCUUCAAUUACCAAAUGAAAAUACUCUGGACUUCGACGCCAACUUCAAAGUACACCUUCAAGAAGAUGCAAGCAACGAUAUAGACGUGAAAUAUCCCCUGUUUCAUCAUUAUGCUGCAACCGAUCAGAGCCACACCAAGUUCGACGAGGGUGUCAAAAACCGAAAAGAACCCCCUCUCACCACAACGAAGGUUGACGACCUGGCCCCAGAAAGGCUGAAUCAUAACCCUCUUCGAUGGUUUGGCCUUUUGACUCCACCCGUCUUAAAGCAGAGUCAGCAGUGCUUCCAGAAGGCUCUGGAACUGUCCCUGGAAUGUGCCAAUCUCCAAUGCGAGCUCACCGCAGUCAUGACCCAGAAGAACCAGUUAAUGAAGAGCCGUAUUUGAAUUCCAACUUUUUGUUGUCUACUGAUUACCAUGCAAUGCUCACAGGUCAAACCUCCACGUGCUUUAAAGGUCCGCAGAUUAUUGUUUCAGAAGUCCAGUUAUUGUAAUUAUUGUGACGCUGCUAGACGCGUUUUUCUUGACCGAAUAAAUAUGCAAUGUUAAGUUUGAGUUAUGCCACAUGUUAAGAGAACACGUU